CGCAGCCGUUUUGCGAUUUCAGGUGCGUUGCUCGAAUUCCUGACUGAUUUUCGGAAAUGAGGGAGUUGUCUUUCGAGGGUUUUGGUUAUUUCUGGGUCACAACGUUUCUCAGUAUGUGUGUCAUGUUGGUCUGGGGGAUUGGAGGGAUUUGGGACGUCGUGCUGAGCUAGACGCGAUUGACGUAGCGGAGCAGAAGAGGGGUCUCGUGAUCAAUGUAAAUGAGGGUUCAAACACUUGAAACGAGUUCAGACCUGAUCUCUUACAGGUCUUGCCAUAUGAGUUCCAGGCCAUUGUUAUUUGGAGGCGUUUUAGCGUGCAUUUUUAUUCUACUUUGGAGUGGAUCGCAGCCAGCUUGUUCAACCAUGGCAAAGGACGAAAGAUCUGUCCACAUUGUCUACGUGGAGAAGAGUCCUGAUCACUUGAACGACGUGGAAAAUCAUCACCUUGGCAUCCUUUCUCAAGUUACUGGCGGCAGCCUUGAUGCAGCCAAGGAACAUAUGCUGUACAGUUACAGCCAAGCGAUGAGUGGCUUUUCAGCAAAGCUUACACCUGACCAAGUCGAGUCCCUUAAAGGAGUACCUGGAGUCGUGCAAAUUGUGAAGGACCAAGUGCACCACAUCGCGAGUGAAAACAAAGGCGUUGGUGGCUCAGGUCCUCGUGUAACCAAAGUGGGUGGUAAUGUGAUCUCUUCUUUGGGUGAUGCCGCAAACCUUCAGUAAAGAUACUGACUACCCAAAAUAGACGUUUACUGGAAACACCAUACAAUGGAUGUGGUUUGAAAAAAACAUUUUGAAGUCUCUCCUCGAGUGUUCUUAGUACUGUAUUCGAGAUCUGCCAGGAAUACAUUUGUGCAUGUCAGUUGCUGGGGUGACCUUUCGUGAUUGUCCUCUCGUGUGUUAAGUCCAGCGUAGUAGAAUGCUGUUGCAUUGAUGGAAGAUUCUUUGUUGACGAACAUCAAAACAUCGGAUCGCAGCAACUGGUCAGGCACUGGAAUUUUAUGAAUCUGGCUCUACACAAAGUAGACGUGCCUUACGCAAUCCUUUAAAAUCGAAUAAAAUCCGUUAACUUGCAUUU